AUGACCUCAUCAAUGAUGUCAUCCCGUCUAGUGGAAACUGUUAUGAUUAAUGUGGACGACUUCGCAGAUAAUUUUUUGACGUGUGGUACGUGUUUCAGUGGUUAUAAUUCAAGUGAACGUGCUGCCAAAUUAUUACCUUGUUCACACACAAUAUGCCGUUCGUGUUUAGAUCGGAUCCUUACAAAUGAAACUCAGUCAGAGACAUUUCGUUGUCCAAUUUGCCGGGAGAAUAUUGCUAUUCCAUCAGGUGGUGCAGCUUCAUUUCCUCCGGCUUUUAUAGUAAAUCAGUUAUUAGACCUACUUGCUACCCAUCGUCGAGAUGUUGUACCUAAAUGUUGUAUACAUCCAUCACAAGAACUAUUAUUUUGUGAGACUUGUGAUAUGGUAUUUUGCAGUGAAUGCCGAGGUCGUAAUCAUGCUGUUCAAAAUCAUGUGAAUGACUCAUCAUGUUUGCCAGUGAACAAUGGAAAUCAAGAUAUUACUACACAAGUAGAAAGUUCAUCGUCGAGUACUGGCCUAAAUCAUAAUGUGAUCACAUUCAACGUUGCACUAAAACGUUGUUCAGAAAUUAUGCUCUAUAAAAUGCAUUUAUGUACUCAAGAGUUAAAUUGUGCUCAAGAAGCCGUAACAAGUGAACUAGAACGUUUAACAAAUAAUACUAGUUCAUGUGUUGAAUCUAUUAACUCACGUUUUUCUGAGAUAUUGGCACUCGUUGAACAUCGUCAAGGAGAAUUAUUAGACUGUGUGAAACGACUUGGAGAAGAAAAACGACGUGCCUUAACAGAUCAACUUUCUUUAAUUGAAACAGAAAGAGACUUAAUUCGUACAGAAUGUGAUCGUUUAAAGGGCGUUAUGGAUGUACGAAGUAUUACAAAAACAAUAAGUUACCUGAAUGAUAAAUUGGACUCGAUUAGUGGUUUAACUGAACCUCGUGAAAAUGCUUUCCUUUGUUAUCAAGACUGUGUCGGUCCAUACAAUCAACAUAAUCAUAUAAACAUGUGUUGUACUGCCUCGAAACGCACCAUAUGUUCAUCAUCCCCAUCAGUUACAAAUUAUAAUGAAUCAGACUCACCAUCCUCUUCAUCUUAUCAUCGUAAUCAUCAUCAAAGAUCGAAUGUGUCAUCUUCAACAACUCUUCAGUCUUCUCCUCAUCAAGUUAGCCUUCCUGAUAUUGCUCGUUGUCUUGCUGGCUUUGGUCGUUUAGUUGUUAGUACAACUUACCCUGCAUUAUGUACUGCUCGUUUACCAAAUGAAAUGUUUACCCAUCUGUAUACUAAAUGCACUAUUCAAGCAGUUGACUAUCAUGGUCGUCCUCAAUCAAACAGUGGAACAGAUCCCAUUGAAGUUGCUUUUACAGAACCACGAGGUCACUUAGUCCCAACUGAUAUAUUAGACAUUGGAAAUGGUUGUUACGAGGUUAACAUGAUUACCCCAUUUUCAGGUCUUCAUAAAUUAUCUGUAAAAAUUCUCAAUAGACCAAUUCGUGGCUCACCUUUCAGUGUUCAUGUAAAACCAACACAAAAACGUAUUUGGUCUUUAAAAGAAGGCUCCGACGGUCGAGGAUUGAUUCAACCGUUCGCUGUAGCUUUUGGACCUUAUCCUGUUCGUCCUUCUGAAGCCUCAUCAAAUGCUACACAAAAUGAUUGUUCAAUAACUCGUGAUUUCAUUUACGUUUUGGAUACAGGCAAUAGCCGUCUGUUAGUACUAAAUCCUGCAGAUGGUUCACUUCAUACCACUGUGACCGGUGAACCAUUAUCUGGUCAAGCUGCAACUGGUAUGGUGUGGUCACCUCAGGGUUUAUGGAUUGUAAAUUGGCGGGCUAAGCAACUGUUCCUGUUAGACCCAGCUACUGAACAGGUACUUUCAUCCGUGUCAAGUCCUUUGUUCAAGGAGCCAACUAGUAUCGCCAGAUGUCCCUUAACUAGUCGUUUAUUUAUUGCUGAUAAUGGAGCUGGUUGCGUUUUUGUUUGUGACCCUGAAACCUGCUCUGUGGAUGUGUUUAUUGGGACAAAUACUACAUCCGUUUAUGCGGAUAGUGAUGCAAGCACUCCAACUAGACACAGUACUUUAAUUCGAACCGAAGCUAGUUCUCAUUUGCCUCAACCUAAAGUUUGCAAAUUAAUCACAGGAUUGUGUGUAGCUGACUCUGGAGAAUUGAUUUUGUCUACAGGAACGUGUAUUCGAAUAUUUUCAUCAGAUGGACAUUUUCUUUCUGAUCUGUUACCUCCAAAUCAACCAGGUGAUGAUCAUUUGCGUGUUCGUAUCUCAACAUUACCGUCAAGAACUUCGUUGGAUACUUCUUAUUUUAAUGUUUUGAAUAAUUCAUAUGACAAUCCAAAUUCGGAAUAUAUGAAUGCUGGUCGUUUAAGUCUAUCUGAAAUCCGCCAUUCAAGUGGUCCUUCAAAGUCGCGGAUUCCUCCAUCACGUGGUCAAUUCGGCGGUGUGUCAUUCAGUACUGCACCAACUGGGUCUGCUAAUAUUCAAACCGAUAAACUAGGAAAAUGUAUCCUAGCAACUUAUUCAGAUAGACAACGUUCUGGUGUUGUCGUUUGGCCGGAAACAUUGUGGACUUCCAGUUGUCGACAAUGCGUUCACGAAGCAGAUGACAAUACAGUAUCUUCUAGCAUAAUUACUAACAGUAAUAAUAAUGAUACUGUGUGUAAUACCACUAACUCUGCCACUACCACUAAUGUCCCUAGUAGUAGUGGUAACAAUAACAACCGUUUCUCUGUAGUAGAUCCAAACCUUCAAACACAUACUUGUGCAAUUUUUUGUCCUUUAAAUAGAAGUAGAUACCUUUUUAAACCAUACUUAAUUGAAGUAGAUCCGUCAUUUCGACGAUUGGCUGGUUUAGUUACUUUAUCAAAUUGUAGAGAUGUUAUUGUUGUUGAUCAAGGUGCUCAAAAUAUUUCGAGAAUUCACUAUGCAUGA